UUCGGGGCGAGGGCAGCAGUACAUACAGCGAGCGAGGAGAUGGGACGGAGCUAUUGGGAUUGGCUUGCAGAGAGAUCCCUACAAAGGCGAUUGCAUCGCAGAGCUGGCUGUAGGCAAGGCAGAGAGCAUUUUGGGGGUGAAACUGGCAGUUUCCCCCCCUGGGAAAUGGAGAACUGGGCCAAGGAACGUGGCCCAGAAAUCUGUGCUCAGGUAGUUGCCUUGGCAGAGGAUUUCCUCCUGAGGCAGCGUGAAGCUCAGAGAUGGGAUCCGCAGGCAGCGGCCAUGAACCUGUCUGAUAUGGAGCAGGCUCCAUCAGACGUGGAACAGGAACAGAGCUUUAAACAGGAGGAAGAUGAGGACACCAUCUCACUGGAUGAUGGUCAGGUGAGCGAAAGUGAGGAGGCUCACCUUCCACAGGAAGGCUCUGAGCUGGAGGAACUAAAUGAAGCAUCCUUAGGAGAAGACAAGUGGGCCAUUUCUCAGUUUGAUGAGAUGGGAGAGACAUCCAGCAAUCACCAGGCAUCAGGCAAACUUGAGGGAAGCUACCAAAAGAAGAGAAUGGACAUUCCUGUUCCACCAUACAAGGUGGACAGCUGGGAGCGGAAGGAACCCAGAAUGCGGGCGAGAAUCUACAACUAUGGAGGACUGAAGAUGUGUAUGGACUGUGGGAAAACUUUCAAGCAGAGCUCUAGCCUGUACAGGCAUAGGAGGCUCCAUACUGGAGAGAAACCCUAUGGCUGUCCAGAGUGUGGCAAAAGCUUCAGCCGGAAGUCUCACCUCAUUGCCCAUGAGAGGACUCACACAGGAGAGAAACCCUAUAACUGUGCAGAAUGUGGUAAAAGCUUCAGCCGAAAGUCUCACCUUACUACGCAUGAGAGAAUUCACACAGGAGAGAAGCCCUAUAAAUGUGGAGAGUGUGGGAAAUGUUUCAGUCAGAGUUCAGCCCUUGUGGCGCACGAAAGAUCCCAUACUGGUGAGAAGCCAUUUGUAUGUCUGGAUUGUGGGAAGAACUUCCAUCGGCGGUCAGGCCUUUCAGCACAUGAGAGGACUCACACAGGAGAGAAACCAUAUAGAUGCACAGAGUGUGGGAAGAGUUUUAGUCAAAGCUCAGGACUUCUGGCCCAUGAGAGAACCCACACAGGAGAAAAACCAUAUCGGUGCACAGAGUGUGGGAAAAGCUUUUGUGAACGCACAGCUCUUGUUAGACAUUUGAGAACCCACACAGGGGAGAAACCAUAUACAUGCACAGAGUGUGGGAAAAGCUUCAGUCAGAGCUCAGGCCUUUUGGCACAUGAGAGGACUCACACCGGAGAAAAACCUUACAAAUGCUCAGACUGUGGGAAAAGCUUCGGCCACCGCUCUGACCUUCUCAGACAUCAGAGAAUCCUGAAAAGAGGAAAGCCAUACAAAUGCUCUGAGUGUGGGAAAUGUUUUGGCCGGGGCUCUGACCUCCUCCAGCAUCAACAAAUCCACACUGGGGAGAAACCAUAUAAAUGCACUUAUUGUGGGAAGUGUUUCAGUUGGCGAUCAAACCUUAUUAAGCAUGAGAGAAUCCACACAAGAGUGAAAAAGUGCAAAUGGAGCAGACCCGAGAGCCACCCCAAGACUACGAGCACCGGACAAGCCCUCUACCACCUGAUGCGCAAGCUGCGGCGACCCCCACGAGAGGCGGGACUGCCCGUACCGCAACUUGGACUGCCGAAGCUGCGGGAAAACGGGCCACAUCGCGCGGGCUUGUCGGGCCAAGACCGGCCGCAGGAGACAGACCACCCACCACGAGUCGACGGAGACCCACACAACUGCGUCAACAAGCCUGCAGUACAUCGCCCAGGCAAAGCCAUGGGCCACGCAGACACGCUUAGCCGCCUGCCGCUUCCCUCGACUGACCCCGACCCAGCCCCAGCCCACAUGGUGAUGCUAAUAGAGUCGCUGCCCGAGCGGCCCCUACACGCCGAGGAGGUGGCUCAGGCUACGGGCAAGGACCGAAUCCUUGCGAGAGUUCAGGACUGGGGAAGCGGUGCGGGGGUUCUUUCCGGGAGAUCCACUGUUCGCGAAGAACUUUGCAAGUGGUCCAGAGUGGUGGUGAGGGUAACAGGGUCCCGGUCGUACGAGGUAUCGACAGAAGGGGGGCAGAUUCUAAGACGGCACAUCGAUCAGCUGCACUGCUGCACCGUGCCGGAGGAACCAACAGGGGCCGGGGAAGAGCCAACAACGGGCCCUCCAGAUGCGGCCGCAUUGGAACCGUCCCUGCCAUCGUACGAUCCCCCGAGACCGGCAGCGCCAGAGCAACCUGGGGAGCCAGACCGACAGCCAUUGGAGGAGCCACCCCCAGGGGAGACGCCAGUCAUGGGGGCUGCUGCGACACCACAAGCAACCCCUAGGCGAUCAACGCGGGAGCGCCGGGCUCCCGCCUACCUGCAGGACUAUGCCCCUAAGCCCACACCAGGGAAGGACAGUAAGGAACUUGUGGCCUCCCUCAAGGGAAUAACUCUGUCCAGCCAGCUCCUGACAGGGGACUGUGUGACAAAAUCCCUCCCUAACUACGAAGCACAAGAAGCCUGCAACAGCCUGGAUCUUCCUGUGAAAGUGAAGGAAGAAAUUCUAGAGGAUGAGGAGGAGAAACCUUUCAGCUCAGAGAUCUGGCGCUUUCACUUCAGGCGGUUCUGCUACCAGAAGGCAGAGGGACCCCAGGAGGUCUUUAGCCAUCUCCGAGAACUUUGUUACGAAUGGUUGAAACCACAAAGCUGCACCAAAGAGCAGAUCCUGGAGGUGCUGAUCUUGGAGCAGUUCUUGAACAUCUUUCCCUCGGAAAUGCAGAGCUGGGUUUCUCCAAGGAGCUCAGAGUGGGCCUUCAUGGCUCUCCCCUUGCCACUGUAUCCUCACAACAACCCUGCGAGGAUUGAUAUGGAAGAACAGAAUACAAUAGGAUUCAAAUCUGGGGAGUGUUUGGACAUUGCUGUUAGGGAACCUCUGAUUCUCCAAGUCGGGACCAUUGGAGAAUUCCUGACUGAGGCAGUUCCACAAAAGGUGAAACAAGAACCAGGAGAAGGGCUACAGCAUAGCUGGGAGGCCCAAUGGCAGGAGUUCCUGAAGACAGUAGAAUCCCCUCAGUCAGGGUUUGAAAACCGACAAGUAGCCCCACCCCGGUCAGAGAAAGAGGUGAAGCGAACUCGGGCCUCUCUGAAGGAAGUGCCUGAAGUCCGUUGUGAGCCUACAGAAUGUCGCAUAACCCCCAUCCAGCGAGGCCUCACCGGAGAAGUCCGUGUGGUCUGUGAGAGGCUGGUUCUUUCCAAGAAAACAAAGGAGGAGAGUGUGGAUGUGGAGGACACCAUCAGUUCAGAGGCGUGGCACCAGCGCUUUAGGCAGUUCAGCUACCAGGAAGCUGAAGGCCCCCAAAAGAUACUGCGCCAACUCCGAGAGCUUUGCCAUCAGUGGCUGAGGCCGAACAGGCACACCAAGGAGCAGAUUCUGGACUUGUUGAUCCUGGAGCAGUUCCUGAUCAUCCUCCCUUUGGAAAUGCAGAAGUGGAUCAAGGGACAUGGCCCCAAGACCAGUGCCAAGGCAGCAGCCCUGGCUGAAGAUUUCUUGCAGAAGCAGCGAGAAGACAAGAAACGGCAGCAGAAGGGAAAAGGAGAGCAGCAGGUAUUAGGACCUUUGGAAGAUGCAGGUGGGAAUGCUGAGCGGGAUCCAGCAGACAAAGUGCGACUAUCCACUGAGGUCAAGCAGGAGUCUAAUGGCCAGGAUACUUUGCUCGGCGGCAACCAAGUGAAAGCAAAGAAAAAGGCCACUGAGCUGGAAAGAGUUAAACCAGUGGGGAUCAGUGGACUUUCGUUCAGAAGCACUGAAGGGAAGCUAUACCUGAGUCCUGAGGUAGAAGGGUUGCCUAAAAGCCAGCAGAGACCCAAAAGGUGCCAGAAAAGCCCUCCACGGGUAAUGGCCAAAAAACCCUUUGUUUGUGAAGAUGGUGACACUGGGUUGUGCAAAAUUGCUACCCCUGAGGGAAUCCGCAGGAGUAAGAGAAACAACGACCACAGAAAAAGAUUCCCUCAGAACCCUGGCUUUCUAAAGAACCAGAAAGUGCAAGUGAAGGAAGGCUUGUAUAAAUGCUCCCACUGUGGGGAAACCUUUCUCAAUAGAGCAUUCCUUGUUACGCAUGAGAGAACGCACACAGGGAGGAAACCAUAUCAAUGUGCAGACUGUGACAGAAGCUUUAAUUAUAAAUCGAAUCUUACUAGGCAUAGGGGGAUUCACCUGGAUAAAAAAGGGCAUAAGUGCUCAGUUUGUGGGAAAAGGUUUGGAUACAGAGCAUUACUUGUGGUACAUGAGAGGACCCACACAGGAGAGAGACCCUAUGGAUGCCCAGACUGUGGGAGGAGCUUUAAUCAGCAAGCAAACCUUAGUAAGCACCAGAGGACCCAUACAGGUGAGAAGCCUUUCGAAUGUUCGGAGUGUGGGAAAAGCUUUGCUGCCAAGUGUACUCUUAUCACUCAUCUAAGGAUACAUACGGGUGAAAAACCAUUUAAGUGUCCAGAGUGCAGGCAAGGUUUCAGUCAGAAAGGGAAUCUUCAGAAACACAUGAUGACCCACACGGGAGAGAAACCAUACGAGUGCUCAGACUGCGGGAAGACUUUCAGCCUGAAAGGGCAACUCAUUACGCACUCACGAACCCACACAGGAGAGAAACCCCACCAAUGCUUUGACUGUGGAAAGAGGUUCAGUAACAAAACUGCCCUCACCAUGCACCAGAGAACCCAUACAGGCGAAAGGCCAUACAAAUGCUCAGCCUGUGGAAAAAACUUCAGUAAAAUGCAGAGCCUUCGCGUGCACAGGAGAAUCCAUACGGGAGAGAAACCGUACAAAUGCUCAGAUUGUGGCAAACACUACAGCCAGAGGUCAAAUUUUGUUCGUCACAAGAGAAUCCAUACAGGAGAGAAACCAUACCAAUGCCCAGAGUGUGACAAAAGCUUCAGUUUUAAAAUAUCCUUUGUUCACCAUAGAAGAACCCAUACAGGAGAAAAGCCAUACGAGUGUUCAGAGUGUGGUAAACGAUUCAGGCGCAGGCACCAUAUUGCAAAGCAUGAGAGAAUCCACACAGGAGAGAAGCCGUUUCCCUGCUCAGAUUGUGAGAAAUGUUUUACUGACAAAGCCAGCCUGUAUAUGCACAAGAGAACCCACACUGGAGAGAAGCCAUAUGGAUGCGCUGAGUGUGGGAAAAGCUUCCGGUACAAGCAAUAUCUUGUUAUACAUGAAAGGACUCACACAGGAGAAAAACCCUAUAAGUGUACAGACUGCGGCCAUAGGUUCAGUCAGAGUUCAAAUCUGACAGUGCACAGGCGAUCCCAUACUGGUGAAAUGCCAUAUAAAUGUUUAGACUGUGGUAAAUGUUUCAGGUAUAGCACUGUCCUCGUAGAACAUCAGAGAACACACACAGGAGAGAAACCAUAUAAGUGUUUAGAGUGUGGGAAAAUGUUCUCCAGUCCCUCUAGUUUUGGUAAACAUCAGAAAAUUCAUACACGAAUGGAGCAACAUUCAGAUAAUGGGGUUGGCCACGGAAAAAAAGGCAAACGAAAGCGUAAGGCAUGUUCUACAACUUGGAAGUGGACAUUGGCCUGGCGAGUUUCUUUGGGGAGGAGCAGGCAUUGUGGUGCAUGGAGAGAACCAGAAAUUAAAGGAAUAAAAAUGGAGGAACACAGCCCAGCUGCAAGACCCUUUCAAAAAGACAGACUAGAGGCAGGAGGGAAAACUUCUCAUGCUGCCCAAGUUGGAGCCAUCAGAGAGCUUCUGUCUGAGGCAAAUCCACACCAGAUUAAGCAGGAAUCAGAAGAGGGGCUGGAGCACCACUGGGAAUCUCAGUGGCAGGACUUUGUGAAGACACCGCCGUCCUCUCGCUCAAGGCGGAAAAACCCACCAUUGCCUCAGCCCCUGUCAGAGGAAGGGCUGAGGAAGCUUCCGGCCUCCUUCAGGGCCACAGUUGACGCCAAUCAGUGGCUUAGAAAAGAGGGUGUCUCCCAAACUUUGCAGUGUCCUAUUGGGAAAGGGCGUGAAGCCUGUGAUCAGCUCAUUUCCUCUGUGAAAGUGAAGGAAGAGAUGGUGGACGAGGACGAGCCCAUCAGCCUGGAGAUGGAGCGCCAGCAGUUCCGGCGCUUCUGCUAUGAGGAAGCCGAGGGCCCUCGAGAGAUCUUCAUUCAGCUCCAGGAACUUUGCUAUCAGUGGCUGAAGCCGGAGAAGCACACCAAGGAGCAGAUCUUGGAGCUGCUGGUUCUGGAGCAGUUCCUCAUUAUCCUGCCCCCAGAAAUGCAGAGCUGGGUGAAGGAAUGUGCGCCGGAGAGUUGUGCCCAAGCCGUGGCCCUGGCAGAGGAUUUCUUGCAGCGGUUGCAGGAGGCAGAGGGCCUGGAAGGCAAGAUGUCAUGGCCUUUGGAAGACGUAGCUGUUAAUCCCCCAAAGUCCGAGCAAGAUCCGAUGAAUGUGCAGGUCUCUGCAGAGGCUGAGGAAGAGAGUGAUGGGGACACCAACUUUUUCGCAAGCAAUGGCCAAGCAUAUGAAAAUGAGGAAAGCUUCCCUUUUGAAAGGCACUCGCAAGUAGGUGUCAGUGGGCUGUCCUUGGCAAGACUCAACGGGAAAUUUUUCCAGGUCUGUGAACUGGAAGAGAUGUCUAGGAGUCAGCAGAGGCAAGAGAACUCCCAAGAAAACCAGAUAGCCAAGCAAGAUUUCCUUUGCAGCAAAAGUGAUCGAGACUUACCAAGGGGAACCUUUCAGGAGGGAAGCCAUAAAGCAAAGAGAAAACGGGCUAGCCCUAACUGGGAAACGGUCUUACGUCAGAGCUUUGACUUUCCAAGAAAUCAGAAAAUGCCAAAGUUGUAUACGUGCACAUAUUGCGGGAAGAUCUCUAACAACAGCGCACACAUGAUAAUACAUGAGAGGACCCACACAGGUGAGAAACCAUAUAAAUGCUCUGAGUGUGGGAAGUGCUUCAGUACAAACUGUAACCUCAUGAAGCACACGCGAGUCCACACAGGUGAGAAGCCAUAUAAAUGCUUGGACUGUGGGAGAAGCUUCAGUGACAAAGCCUCUCUUAUUGUACAUGAAAGAACCCACACAGGGGAGAAACCCUAUGAGUGCACAGAGUGUGGGAAAAGCUUCACCUCGAGCUCCAAUCUCAUAACACACAAAAGGGUCCACACAGGUGAGAAACCUUACAAAUGCUCCGAGUGUGGGCAAAGCUUUGUCCACAGGCCACAGCUUGUCAUACAUAUCCGGACGCACACAGGGGAGAAGCCAUACGAAUGCUUAGAAUGUGGCAAAAGCUUCAAUCAGAAAGCUGAUCUCAUUAUCCAUGGGAGGACCCAUACGGGAGAAAAGCCAUACGAAUGCACUGAGUGUGGGAAGAGCUUCAUUUCGAGCUCAUACCUUAGGAAGCAUGAAAGGCUGCACACAGGAAAGAAAACUCAAGCUGGGGAAGAAACGCACAAAUGUACGUACUGCCGGAAAAGCUUCAUCAGUCGAUCCAAACUUCUCAUCCAUGAGCGAACACACACGGGAGAGAAGCCAUUUGAGUGCGGCGAGUGUGGGAAAAGCUUCAGUACAAGCUCAAACCUGGUCAAUCACAAAAGGGUGCACACAGGAGAGAAACCCUACCAGUGUUUAGACUGUGGGCAGAAGUUCAGUACUAACUCGAACCUUGUCAAUCAUAGGAGGGUGCACACGGGAGAGAAACCAUAUGAAUGCUCAGAUUGUGGGCAAAGCUUUGGUCAUAAAGCAUCUCUUAGGAGGCACAAGAGAAUCCACACAGGUGAGAAACCGUACACGUGCUCUGACUGUGGGCAGAGCUUCAGUCACAAUGCCUCCCUGACCAGGCACAGGAGAACCCACACCGGAGAGAAGCCGUACAAGUGCUCUGACUGUGGCAAAAGCUUCAUUCAGAAAGGGGAACUGAUUGUGCACCAGAGAACUCACACAGGAGAGAAGCCAUACGAGUGCUCUGAGUGUGGGAGAAGCUUCAGCACCAGCUCUCAUUUGAUAAGGCAUAGAAGAGUACACACAGGCAGGAAACCACAGAAUUGUUCAGACUGUGGCAAAAGCUUUUAUAAGAAAUCCACGAACAUUGUGGUCCAUGAACGGAUUCACACCGGGGAGAAGCCCUACUCUUGUCUAACCUGUGGCAAGAGCUUCAGUCGGAAAUCGACCCUUGUCCGACACAAGAGGACACACACAGGGGAGAAACCAUAUGAAUGUUCAGUCUGUGGGAAAAGCUUCAGCAUUCGCUGUAACCUCUUGCGGCACGAAAGAGUCCACACGGGCGAGAAGCCCUAUCAUUGUAUGUACUGUGGGCAGAGCUUCAGUCGCAGGCUUCUGCUUGUUAUACACGAGAGGACCCACAUGGGAGAGAAAACCAUAUAAACUCUUGCAGUGUGGCGAAA